AUGCACGAGAAAAAUAUUAUAGAUGGUGAGCUGUACCAAGUUGCAGCGAAUGGAAUUAGAGAUUCUUUCUACCACACUGUGCAGAGUGGUGUUGUUCUUGGGCUUGCUGUACAUUUUUACAAGCAAGCUCUUCUCCCACUGACGCGUGUCUGCACUAGCGCAGGGGAUAGCAAGACAGCCUCACAUUGUCAAAAAGGUCGGCUGCAAAACUGGGGUUCUGUGUUGAGUGUAUCGGAAGAACUUGGAUUAUGGCCAUGCCUUUACGCAGAUGAAGUGGAACAGUAUGGAGCCGUCGUACUUCAGUUGCAUGUGCUUAGGUUUGUCGAGGAACUUUUUGCGGUGCUUGCGACACAGGCAGAAGACUCACAAGAACGUGGGGAAAGUGAGCGAGGGCCACCCGUUAGCCAGUCUAUCACCUCACUGCGUGUCGACCGCGGAGAGGAUGUUGAUUGUAUGCCUCUGACGGAAGUGCAAUCGCAGGAUGUUAUGGAUUCAGUGUGUGAGAAGGAAAACGAAGAAGUCAAUUUGAACAAGUACCCUACAGAAAAAGGUGAUGGCACCAGUAGUAUGUGGGACGGAGGCGAGGUGAAUGGUGGGCCUUCAUCCAGGAGCAGUAGAAGUUAUCCCUCUGCUCACAGCCGACGUCAGUACGAUGUAAUGAUGGCGAGCCUGCAACUGCAUGAGGCGGGCAAUGUGGUGUUGGUGCCUCCAAAGUCUAAUGGCAGUCCACUGAAGUUAUGUCCCUCAACAUAUUCAGACGCGCCAGGAGUUGUAGUGGCAAUUACAACAUCAUCUACGUCCAGUAACGCCGGGUAUGUUUUAUCUAGAACCCCUUCACAACGUUUCACUGUGGAGUGCAGGUCGUUGCCCGAAAAAUGCCCAACGACGGAGUUGGUUGACUUCUCUGUGAAGCAUACGGAUGGAAUUAUGGAAGGUGAUAAGGUGGUCAGCGUUAAAGAGCCAAUCGUUGUGAAUCCUUUGCAUUCGUUCUCCACAUCCAACGAGCAGAGUGCGACGGUUUUACCUCUUUCCGCCUAUUCCCCGACUGCCACUGCCGGUGCUGCAAAUAUCCUGACUUUCAGCAAUGAGGAGCUUCAUCCUCCGCCUUCGAUGGAAACAGUACUACGAAGAGCCUGCGAUCGGUACGAUCCUAUUUUGUUUUCAGGUGAGAGAAAGUUGGGCAUGUUGUCUCCUUUGACAAGCACCAUGAUGGAUAAGCAUAAUGGUGUGAGAACGGUGGCAUCUUGCACGACGACAGAGAGUUCAUUUCCUGUCAAUUUAAUCGGGAGGCUGGGUGCUCUGCACUCGAGUAGAGAGAUGACGAGCGCCUUUACUGCUGCGAGCUUAUCGCGUCCCCAUUCACCCCCACAAUGGCAAGAGGAGGUGGAGAGUCAGGGUGUGUCUCCCAUUACUCCUGAUACUGGAACAGAGCAGAGUGUCGUACCUUCCCAGACAGUUCUAACCUCAGCGGAACUGCAACGUUGCACUUUUCUGAUGAGACAAAACCCACAACAUCGUUCAAACGUGCGUGAAUUCCGUGAGACUGAACUAAGGGACCUGAUGCAAGAUUUCUCGGUAGUGGAUCCUUCACUCCUCUCAGGUACCUCUGAUCGUCACUCACUUUUACUGACGCUUGAAAAGCAACAGACGCUAAUUCGAUGCUUAACAAGUAGACUUGAGGCAAUGAAGAAAGACAAUCCUUUACGGCAUGACGAUGCUUGGUCAGCGACUGACGGGGUUUCUACUGUCAGCGAGGGGCCGGAUCCAAAACGUUUGCUUCGUUCCGACGCCGAUUGCCGCACGGAUGAUAGUGGGCAACGUGCUGAAACUGAUGUUUCUUCAGUCCCAGAUGUUUUCUUGGAUAGCGAGAGAUCUUUUUAUUAUUACUAA